AUGGAUGGCGAUCAACGCAUCAAGCAGCAUGAGCGGUUGAUGGCACGGUCCAUCAAUGCCGCGAGCAGAGGCCGAGGCCGUGCAACCGAUCGCUUCGAACAGGCCAUGCAUACACGUGGAGACCCAACGGGGAUUUCACAGGCGCCAGAGCGCGCUGCCAUGUCCUACGAUUACGGAUACACAGGCAACUCUUUCCCCGGCGGUUCAUUGCAGCUAAACGACGUACAAGCCUUCGGGGUCGACUAUACGCGGCCGCGACAGACGCCGCAUCCUUCACUCGGACAUUCUUCGCAAGGCUCAGUGCAAGCGCAUCUUGCGCAGCAGCAGCAUCAGCAACAACAACAAUCAAAUCAAGAGCCAACGCAGCAGCAAUCUCGACGACGCGCAACAGCAGAAACCACGCCAUUGGUUCCGUACGAGUCGGGGAUGCUGUACGGCUUCAGUCAGCAGGGUUCAGCUCAUGGACCCUUCGACGUUGUCCCACAAUACUCGACACGGCAGUCUGCAGCGAUUGAAGCCCUGUCGAACCAGAUGGGCAUUCCACAAUAUUUCCCAGAGGAACCCACGGGGCCCGGGGUCCCUGGACUGUCCCCAUAUCUGAACUCACUGGCAUAUAAUCAACCCAGCCCCAUGGCACGUCCUAGCAACGCGCAUCCUUUUCCGACUACGAUGGCUGAUUUCACGCCAAUUGGGACCGGAUCAUCUGCGAGAUUAGACCAGUCUGUUCAACAGCAGGAGCAACAACAGGUUGAUCCAUCUCAGCAGCCUGCCACCGACCCUUCUGGUCUUGAUCAGGCGUCUCAGUACCAGCGAGCUUUGCGCAGUACUUUCGAUCAAACCCGCGCUGGACGAUUGGUAGAGGCGAGCGGAUCUUUGCUGGAAAUUUCCGAGUGGCUUGUGACUAACGCACGGGAUCUUGGAAUUCUGCGAGACGACCGUGAGAUGUACCCACGUCACUUGCAGCUUUGGAAUGACUUCAACCUCUGUUGGCUAGCGCUCUGCCAGAAACAAAAAGAUUUGACCCAGGAUGUCGUGGCGACGGGCCACCAACCAUCGCAGACCAGUUUAUUGAGCCGGGAUCGAAUGGAGGCUAUGGGCAAGGAGUUGAUUCAGCUUUGCGACCAGCUGGAACAGCACGGAUUGGUUGAUUAUCAGAUGGGGAUUUGGGAGGAGGAGAUUCUUUCUGUCCUGGGUCAAUGUCUAGAUCUAAUGGAGAGUCAACCCGAACUCCUCCGUAUUCAGACCGUCCCCGAGCCUGCGACAGCAACCCAACGACCAUGA